UCCCUCUCCCCUACAAUGCCAAUCCCUUUUUUAAACUCUGGGGGAAGAUAUAAAGGUACGAUUCCGAAAUUUAAACAAAUUGGAUCGACUUUUGGAAGCGUUCCACUGUAGGCGGUGGAAGUGACUUAAACCCCAAACCCUAGUGACGAUCGGGGGGGAGAGAAAAAAUGAAGAAAGGGAUACAUCCUGCAAAACAGUGGAUAACAAUGGUGAUGCCAUCCGGAAGAAUCUUACGCAUGUUGGCCACUAAAUUCACCAGCACACCCAAAGUCUACCACUUGAAGUCUCGGCGCCAAAUUUCUGAGACAAUCGGCCAAAUAGCCAAGUUCCGGCGUCGUUAUGGUGGUGGUGUCGAAGAAGAAGAAGAUACACAGACACCUGUGCCUCCCAACUAAAUGCACUCACAGGAAUUAUGAGCUACGUAUGCAUUUUCUGGGACUGGAAAGAUAACCAAAAAUUCUGCUUCACUUGAUUGGAUACUGCCACUAUCAAUUUACAUGACAUCUUUGAGAUGUUAUGUGAUUUUCUUUUCAACGUUUUAUAUUGCUUUAGAAAAUUUUCAAGCGCAAUAAUUUAUUAGAUUUUGCUUGUAUCUUUAUACUUGAGAGAUUGAAUUUGAGCUUGAACCAAUUUAAAAAAAAAUGCAUUUCAGAAUAAUGUCAAAACUAUCCAGGAUAUAAUCAUGUCUGCAACGUCAAAACUACUUGCACAUAAUGAUGUAAAGUUAAGACUAUGUCUAAAUUUCAAUAUCAUCAUGGCAUUGUCGGUGUACUGAA